AUGUUUGGGAUUUGAAUGCAGGUUCUUGUGCUCGCAUAGCAAGUACUCUGACCACUGAACUGUCUCCCUAGUUGCACCCCACAAGGAAGGUGGAUUUCUCCGCGCAGCUGCAGAGUUCCAAAGUCAUCCGAGGAAGGAAGAAGAAAGCCAGCCAGAGAGUGGACCAAGAGCUGGGGAGACCCAUGCAAAAGAGGCUGGCUCCCAGCAACCUGGAAGCCAGCGAGGAAGCCAGCGCAACCUGCCUCAAGGCUGGGCUGAGAGAGGAAGAAGCUGGCUGAAGCUGCAGCCUAUGAAUGUCAUGAGAGAAAAGAGAAGGUCAAUUUUAUUCCCCUCUAUCUUUCAGUACCUGGUACAGCACCUGGCAUGUGGGCAUCCUCUGGAGGUUCCGGCUCCCUGUAUGUGAUCAGAGGAUGAGCGAACCACAGGGCCAGGAGCUCAGAGCCGAGUGCCCUGUCUGCUGGAACCCUUUCAACAACACAUUCCACACCCCCAAAGUGCUAGACUGCUGUCACUCCUUCUGUGUGGAAUGCCUGGCCCACCUCAGCCUGGUAACCCCAGCCAGGCGCCGCUUGCUCUGCCCACUCUGUCGUCAGCCCACCGUGCUGGCUUCAGGGCAGCCAGUCACUGACUUGCCUACAGACACUGCCAUGCUGACCCUGCUCCGCCUAGAGCCCCACCAUGUCAUCCUAGAGGGCCACCAGCUCUGUCUCAAGGACCAGCCCAAGAGCCGCUACUUCCUGCGUCAGCCUCGGGUCUACACCCUGGACCUUGGCGCUGAGCCUGGGAGCCAGACUGGGCUCCCUCAGGACACAGCCCCUGACACCAGGCCGGUGCCCAUCCCCAGUCACUACUCUCUCAGAGAGUGUGUCCGCAACCCUCACUUCCGGAUCUUCGCCUAUCUGAUGGCUGUCAUCCUCAGUGUCACCCUGCUGCUCAUCUUCUCCAUCUUUUGGACUAAGCAGUUCUUUUGGGGCAUGGGGUGAGCACUCUGUGUUCCAGGACAAGGAACAGAGCCUUUCUCAGUGGUUGCUGGACCGAGGACUAUUGCGAAUCCUUUGGUGUUACCGUUCUUGCUCAUUUUACAGCCCAGGGGUCUGCUAGGUCUAUCUUGGAGAACAGAGACGGCCCAACAGGAAGAGAAGAGCUAAAGGACCAGGGACCUGAUCAUAAACUACGGGGUCAUGGAGGGUAGAGAAGCAGUUCUAUGGCUACAUAGCAAGUUGUGCCAAAAGGGCUGGACAGCACCACCCAGACAUCCAACUAGUUGAGAGAGCUCGGAGCCUCUUUCACUGGAGCAGUGUUGAGCUGUUUGUGUGUUGCUGAUAAUUCUGGAAAGUGUUUCAAUUCUGUGGGCCCACGUGCUUGUCUCCCCUUUCAGCCUUUCCUGAUUCUUGCCACAGUUUCCAGUAAAGCUAGCCUGCAUUCUUUAA